AUGCCUUCCAAUGCAGCCAAGCAGCAGCAGCUGCAUGCCCCUAAGAUGCAGAGAGGCGAUUCGGAAAGCUGUGAAGUUCAACAUGCCACUGAUUCAGUUUCUGCGUCGGAGCUACAUGUUGCAGGAAGAGAGCCAAGAAACAUAGAUAAAUAUCCAACACAAAGCAUUUCACAGCAAAAUGGCAAGGACGAGCCAAGAGUCAAGCCUAGGAGAAGCAAGAAAGGCUCAUCUCGCAAAACCAUUUCAGAGAAUUCUGAACUUUCUUCGGCACCUUCACGGGUUAGCGAUGACCAGCAGAAUGUUUUAAUGGUGCUCUGUUCUGAUAGAUCGGUGCUGUUCAUGGAGCUCGAGGGUUCGCUGAGGGACGAGGUGUGGAAGAUCAAGCCUUACCCGCGGAAAGGCGACGACUUCUGCCUCAGCCACAUUACGGAGCUGACGGUGAAGUCGAGCAAGGUGGCCGCCGAGUGCACCAGGUACCACGACGUGCCCGUGGUGAUCUUCUCGCUCACCGGCUACACGGGGAACCUCUUCCACGACUUCACCGACGUGAUCGUGCCGCUCUUCACCACGGCCAGCCAGUUCAACGGCGAGGUCCAGUUCCUCAUCACGGACAUGGCGCUCUGGUGGACCAUCAAGUACCACACCCUGCUCCAGAAGCUGUCCAAGUACCCCUUGAUCGACUUCAGCAAGGACGACCAGGUGCGCUGCUUCAAGCACGCCAUCGUCGGCACGCAUGCCUACAUGGAGUUCACCAUCGAUGCCUCCAAGUCGCCGCACGGCGUCACCAUGGUCGAUUUCAACCGGUUCAUGCGCGCCGCCUACUCGCUGUCCAAGGAAACUGCGGUGGCGUUCGGGGAGAGCCCCAAGGUCAAGCCCAGGCUGCUCAUCAUCAAAAGGCACCACACCAGGAUGUUCCUCAACCUGGAGGAGAUCAUCGCCAUGGCCGAGGAGCUUUAAUUAAUUCAGGUACUAUUUGAAACGGUCUGGG